AUGGAGCUCAUGGUGACCAGUGUUCUUGUCACAAACAUCUUCCAGUUCGGAUGGUGGAGAUGCAAGCAGCGCUCGGGCGAGCUGACCCACUGGCAAAGGUGGGAUGCCGCAUACUACCUGGGCGCCGCCGUCCCCAUGAACAUCGGGAUGCCUUUGGCAGUGGUCCUUAUCUACAUCGGCGAGUGGGGCUACCCAGGCUCCAAGAUGUGGCAUUCCGGCAGCUGGAUGCCGAACACCGUACACGGGGUCACCCUCUACAUCUUCAAGUGGCUUGGGGUGAUUUUUAUGACCAUCGGUGUAUUGAAAGCUACGCAGCUUCACACCAAGAUCAUGAAGAAGCGCCUUUGCAGCGACCAGAGCUUUGAGUUCAAUAGGAGUCGGGGUGGCACGUGCAUGGUUGCGGGCUCCGUGACAUCUGCUGGAUCUUCGAUUCGAGUGGAAGUUGCAGUGGGACCUGCGUCCGCUGAGGCGGAAGCUGACAGAACAACGGCGCCGCUGAGUGGACAGUGGUGGAGGCUCCCCGGCACUUGCGGGAUUCUGCUGUGCGGAAUCGCUUGGUGGGUCGCCACUCUUCCAGAAAGGGUACCGGCGCUGCCCGUGCGUGGAGGGAGCGCACCUUUGGAGUGGGCAGCUCAGAACUGGACGUUGGGAAGCAAGAUUUGGUGCAGCCCGCAAGCACGGGUAUACAGAACACCUGCUGAUUUGGCGUCAGUGGAACGCAGUUGCCAGAACCUAUCUAAGAUGCCUUGGCGAUUGUUAGGGGUGCGAAGAGCAGCCUCGCUUGAGCUGGCAGAGGGGGGACAUCCAGAAUGGCUCCUUUUGCGUGGAGGCAGCAGGGAGGUGGCAGUGAUGCCAGUGCUGCGCCGAGAGGGGGGCCUCUUACUGGCUAUGGCGGUGGAAGCCCUCACGGAGCAGGAGCGCGCAGACCAGAAGAUGGAGGGGCUCACAGACGACCUGGGCCCAACCAAGAUUGUUGCAGUGGAUGGCUUGCCAGAGGACGAGGAAGAGGAGCCGGGCGAUGUGGCAAUGGUGUUGGUGGACUGGCCUCAGAGUUUGUACAAGUUUUUGCGAACAGCCGGCGGGGCCGAGCCGGCCUGGCCAGAAGCAACCAUUUGGCCUCAGUACGAGGACAACCCUGUUUGCCACAUCAACACGGAUCAGCUUGGGCUCCUGGCACGCGAGUGGGUGCAGACGCAGGAGUCCGCUUUGUCCGAGUCCUACGCCACGGCGGUGGAACCGUCGCCGGCACCUGUGAGGUCAACAGGACAGAAGGACACGUUGCAGCAAUUGCUGCAAACAGUGACUGCGCUGCAAGCCGACCUGGCAGACCUGAAGGCUGGAAGGGAUCUGGGGGCAGCGCCAAGCGGAGCAUUGUCGAGCGGGCAGCCGUCUGGGGCGUUGGCCAAGGCUCAGGCGCUGGUUGGCCCACCUCCCCGAUCUGCAGCGCUCCCCAGACCUGCAGUUGGCGCACCCCUCCUGGACUGUGGCGUCCCCGCGGCCGCAGGAACCGGCCUACGCGUCGAGGACGUCGAGGAGGAGGCCGAAGAACCCACUACGGACAGUUUGCUGCGGACAGCUUUGGUGAGUCUGUUGAGCCAGCAGAGCAAGAAGAAGAAGUCCAAAGCUCCGGGCUUGCCUCUGCAGGCCAUGUCGGAUUCCGAAGGGGAGGAGGAGAGCGACCCCCUGAGGAAGUUGACUGGAGCACGUGGGACAAUGUUGGCAGAGAAGUUGCGUAUGGCUAUGGAAGCCGAUCCGCGAGCUUACAUUGCCAGCAUCGAGACCAAUGCCGCCCACCUGCUAGGAGAACAGCAGGCCACGGGCUCCACUAUGGAAAGGUAUGCCAAGGAACAACUCCCCUUGGGCUCCGAGAGGAGCUUAGGCUACAUGACAUGGGCCAUUGCCAGAUGCCUCACGCUGCUCAAGGCCGGGGAGAGCGACAAGUGUCACCUGCUGCUACUGCUGCUCAUGGCUGCCGUGGAGCAGUACAAGUUGGACAGCAAUUGGGUGGCAGCGUGGCGAAUAACCCAACUCACUCAGCCUCCGUUUGCCGAGUGGAAGAGCCGCGAGUUUGCCCUGCCGCAGCUGCGACAGGACCAUGCGCACUCGCGACUGAUUGGAAUCGAGGAUGGCCCAAUCGUCCCAAUCCACGCGGUCGAGGCCGAGGCAGAGGCGGUCAAGAGCUCUGUCUCGCAGCGGGGUGUUUUGCGCACUCCGCCUGCCGAGCUUUUGCCAUGUCCUGUGCCCUAUGCUUGGGUGCAAAGGGCUGAGAAGAGGGGAUCCAGGUGUCCGCCAACUGGUUGCCGAGGGGAGUUGUCAGCUGAGCAGCAUAAGAUGGUUGAUCCCAGUCACGCGUGUAAUCUUUUCUGUUUGGCCAAGUCCGAUGGUGAGCUAAGACAAAUCAUUGAUAGGAGGAACUUUUACCAUGCCUUUAAAGUUACUGAGGGAAGGGCGCUCAGCACGCCCGUCGGGCCUAGCUGGAGGGCUGAUGAUUUCCGUGGCUCACAGGCGCUGACUCGUUUGAAGUGCCGGCGCCCGGAGGUGAAUCUAGCUUCGGGUACGCGUGUGUACGCUUGUUUUUCGGGGCUUUCGAUGGGAGAUAAGUGGGCCCCGGCAAUUGCGCAAGUGAGCCACGAACGUUUGCUGCAACAAGCUGGUGCCCUUCAGCCUGAUGAGCACAUUAAACUUGGCUUCCCUUUGCCGCGGGCCCCUGCGGGCCACUACUCAGGAGUUUGCAUUGACGACAAGGUUAGUUUGCAAAUCUUCCCGUGCAUCGUGCCCAUAGGAGCCUCGCCAAAGGAUAAGCCGGCACGUGACGCUGAAGCUUGCUCCCAAGCUGAUGCAGCCUAUGAGGCAGCAGGUGAUAGUGGCCUGCUGAGCAUGGACUGCACCAAGCUUGCGGCGCUCGUCCUCGUUACUGCUCAGGGCCGACACCAGCGCCUGGAGGGCGCUAUGUCCACGAAAGCAGCGGCCUACCCUCCGCAGCUCUGUGUGGAGUUUGCGCGCAUUUCCGUUGAGCUUGCAAACACCCGAAUGCCUUCCGAGACGCCGGGCGACCCCUGCAUGGCUGAGCAUCCACGGAAGCACGAGCAUGGUCUAGGUGACCACCGUAUCUCACAGAGGUUUGUAAGUCAUCUUUGGUCCACUCAUUUGGCUGAAGCGCUACCUUGGAAGGUCAUCCGUGCAUACAGGUUCAAGCGUCCAAACCACAUUAAUGUUCUGGAAAGCCAUGCCCACAUGACUUUAAUGCGAGUUGCACCGAUGGAUUGUCGACUGGUGGUGUGUCAAGAUUCUAUGGUCACCUUAGGUGCGAAUGCCAAGGGGCGUAGCUCUAGCCUGGCCCUGAAUAACAUUAUGCGUAGAUCUUUAGCCUACCAGCUAGCCAAGAACUUGUAUCCAGUUGGGGUGCAUUGCCCAACUUGGGCCCUGCGAGCUGAUGAUCCAUCACGCUCCCGCGUAAUUCGACCACCUCGGUCUCUUGUGCCUGCCUGGUUCUUUGCUCUUAGGCGAGGAAAUCUUGCAGAAGCCCAAGAUGAGUUGGACAGGGCUUCAGACACCGCCAGGUCGUUGGGACGUUGGCUGCUGUUCGCGAGCGCUGCUCUUUUGGCUAGUAGUGGCAACUACAGGACGGUUGGUGCAUGGGCCAAGACCUCCCAAUGCCCCACGGAACCGUCUAGAGCUCGAGAGGGGCGCAGCCUGCUCCUGCAGUUUCAACAAUGGUUGGAGGAACAGAAUCCCGAGGGGAUGCCUCUUGCAGAGCUGGCUGCUCAGCAGCCCAUCCAGCUAUCACUCCAGCUGGAGGAAUACGGCAAGCACCUCUACGAGUCAGGAGGGACAAAACGGACCUUUGCCGAAACCAUCAAUUGCGUAGUCCAGAGAUACCCCUUCCUGCGUGCCAUGAUGGCAGGACCGUGGCGACUUCUGACAACUUGGGAGACACUCUGGCCUGGCAAAGUGCACCCGCCGAUGCCCCUGCCAUUGUUGAAAAGUUUGGUCUCGACCUCCCUGGCUUGGAACUGGCCGCGCUUCGCAGCGCUCCUCUUGAUCGGCUUCUACGCCUUGUUGAGGCCCUGCGAGUUCUUGGCCCUCAAGGUGUCCGACUUCCUGACUGCUGCCGACACAGGAUGCUCCGAGGCAUUCUUCAUAAAGCUCAUGCUGGUCAAGUCGCGAACACGAGGAGCCCGCAUGCAGAGUGUGCGGUUGGAUGUUCCGUUUGUGGUGCAGUAUCUACAAAGACUCUUUGCAGUAAUGGAGCCAUCAGAAAAGAUUUGGUGCUUCUCCACUUCCCUUUUCCGCACCAGUUUGCAGAAGAUUCUCCGCGAAGAAUUGGGAUGCAUCAAUGUGAUGGAAGCUGUAGCACCGGCAUGUCGUACAAAAGUAUAUGCCUUGGCGAACCUAUGCGAGGCGGCUUGCACGGAGUACAGGAUGGAGGCAGACCUGUCUUCUCAGGUCCAUAGGCUGCUUUGCGCCUGUUCUGCACCUUAA